AUGGAAAUAUGGGAAUGCCCUAAUCUAGAGGCUAUUCCCAGUUUAGACAACCUCACAUCCCUCACUAUAUUGAAUAUUAUGAGAUGUGAUGGAUUAAUAAGUCUACCGAGUGGGCUUGCAUACUGCACAUCUCUUACCCAUUUGCUUGUUAGUGAAUGCUCCAAUUUGAUAUCUCUGGCGGAUCAAAAUGUGUCCAGCUUGCAAUUUCUUUCCUCUUUACAAUUAUCUUUUUGUGGGAAAUUGCAAUAUUUGCCCAAGGGGCUGCACUCUCUAUCUCGUUUGAAAGUGUUGUGGAUCGGUGCCUUCUGCCAAGAGCUCGAUUCUUUCCCGGAUAUUCAGGUCCCAUCGAAACUUGAAGAAUUAAGAUUGUACGGGUGGCCUAAGCUCAAGUCUCUGCCUCCGCAAAUUCAACACUCUGCUUCUCUAACUAAGUUGGAAAUUCGGAAAUUCGAUGGUCUGGAGGCUCUUCCAGAGUGGUUGGGCAACCUCACAUCUCUUACUAAGUUGUCGAUUCGGAAAUGUAAGAACCUGAUGUAUCUGCCUACGGUCGAAGCUAUGCCCAAAUUACAUGAGCUACUGAUUGGACGGUGUCCCCGUCUGGAAGAAAGAUGCGCCAAGGACAGCGGCCCAGAAUGGCCAAAGAUUUCUCACAUUCCAGAUCUGAGAUACACUUUUGUACAAGGUUGUGUUUCUUCUCACUGUGUGCAUGUCCUCUCAACUCACACGGUUUUAUCAGACCAAUUUUAUGGAAGCGAUUUUGGUCUGUCCAUGGUUUUUCCCAGUGACACUGAGACUCUGGUGGCAUCAGUCAUGGGCACAGCAAGAUACGCUUUUGUAGAAGGCUGUGUUUCUUCUCACUCUGUGCAGGUUGAGCUUGUGAUGAGUAUCCAUCAUAGAAACUUGGCCUCGCUUACUGGAUACUGUGACGAUACCGACAACUUGGCACUUAUGUACGAGUACAUGCCCAAUGGAAACCUAAAAGAAUAUCUCUCAGAUAGAAGCUCACAUAUGACUUGGGAAAUGAAACUUCGGAUGGCUUUAGAUAUUGCGCUAGGGCUACACUACUUGCAUAAAGAAUGCAAUCCACAUAUUGUGCAUAGAGAUGUAAAGACUGCCAAUAUUCUCUUGAGCAAAAACUUGGAUGCAAAAAUAGUAGAUUUCGGUAUGUCCAUGGUUUUUCCCAAUAACAACGAGACUCAUGUGGCAUUAAUCGUGGGCACAACAGGGCAUCUUGAUCCUGAGUACUAUAAUUAUGAAAGGUUGAAUGAAAAAUUUGAUGUUUAUAGUUUUGGGGUAGUUCUAUUAGAGAUAAUUACUGGCCAACCUGCAAUCAUAGAAAGUGAUGAUCUUGUCCACAUAGUGGAGUGGGUGAAUCCUGAGUUCCAGAAUGGGGAUUUAACGACUAUUUUGGAUCGAAGGAUUCGAGGAGAGUUCGAUGUGAAUUCGGUUCCAUGA